UGUCUAACACAUUUAAAAUUUUUACUUUUAACAGAAAUUAGCAGAGUACGGAAAGACAUGUACAAUGACACAUUAAAUGGCAGUACAGAGAAAAGGAGUGCAGAGUUGCCUGACGCUGUGGGACCUAUUGUUCAGUUACAAGAGAAACUUUAUGUGCCUGUAAAAGAAUAUCCAGAUUUUAAUUUUGUUGGAAGAAUCCUUGGACCUAGAGGACUUACUGCUAAACAGCUCGAAGCAGAAACAGGAUGUAAAAUAAUGGUCCGAGGCAAAGGCUCAAUGAGGGAUAAAAAGAAGGAGGAGCAGAAUAGAGGCAAGCCUAAUUGGGAGCAUCUCAAUGAAGAUUUACAUGUCCUGAUCACUGUGGAAGAUGCUCAAAACAGAGCAGAGAUCAAACUAAAGAGAGCCGUGGAGGAGGUGAAGAAAUUACUGGUGCCUGCAGCGGAGGGGGAGGACAGCCUGAAGAAGAUGCAGCUGAUGGAGCUCGCGAUUCUGAACGGCACCUACCGAGACGCCAACAUCAAAUCACCGACAGCCCAGGCUGCUCCGAGGAUUAUCACUGGGCCCGCGCCCGUUCUCCCGCCAGCUGCCCUGCGCACCCCCGCGCCCGCUGGCCCGACCAUAAUGCCUUUGAUCAGACAGAUCCAGACCGCUGUCAUGCCAAACGGAACUCCCCACCCAACCGCUGCGAUAGUCCCUCCGGGGCCCGAGGCCGGUUUAAUCUACACGCCCUACGAGUACCCCUACACGCUGGCGCCUGCUGCAUCCAUCCUCGAGUACCCCAUUGAGCCCAGCGGGGUGUUAGGUGCGGUGGCUACUAAAGUUCGAAGGCACGAUAUGCGAGUCCAUCCUUACCAAAGGAUUGUGACCGCAGACCGAGCCGCCACCGGCAACUAACCUAUGACCUUCUGACCUCUGAACUCUUCACCCAAUGAUGACCUGACCAUGCCUGCCUGCUGAUCAGUUAACUGGUAAUCGCCUUUGCUUGCCUGUCGUCAGUGCAGCGAGCUGAGGCACUUGUCCGUUCGUCUUACCAUCUAACCAAACAAAAGACAAAGAAAUUGUUGUCCUCCGACUCAGCUUUUGGUUUUUCUUUCUGUUUGGGUGAAAGUGGUUCUAGAACCUGCACUGAAUAGUAGUAAAGCAAUAAGGCCCCGCUCAUCCCCCAGCACUGAUCAUCCUCUCGCGUCCUGCCCUAAGCGAACGGUAAGAAGGCCUCACUUCAGGAGGGGGACAGAUGGCCCUUAACUACUCAGUGACAGAGGCAGUUACUGUGCGAGACUUGUAGGAACCUUCUUCUCAUAGCGAGUCACCGCUCUCUGAAUGUACUGUGUGUGGUGACGCGUCAUGCAUGGACCUUUGGUCAGGGACGUCAUUGGUGAAGUGACUUCAAAAAGUAUUCAAAAUUUGAUACGCUGUCUAGUCACUACAGUGCCCUCAAAGGGCAGACGUUGCAGCCUUUUUUAUAUUGCCUGCCAGAUGUUGAAGUGUUAGAAGUGUGCCAUGGAGAACAGCCUAGCGAGGAGUUCUGAGAAGUAAUGCAAAGAGCAAAACUGCAACACUAUUUUUAAAAAGAUAAAUAUAUCUGAGUUAAAAUUACUGAACCUUUAUUUUACAACCUCCUUUAAAAAAUAUACGAGAACAAGGUACAUGCAUUAUGUGUCACAUUACUGGGCAAACUGUUCAAAUAUUUUUUUUAAACCUCCCUGUAUAGAAAAAAAAAUCAUUAAGGAUGUAAAAGCCAUGCUUGCCUAUUUGCUGUAUACAUGUAAUGAAAUUGUAGAUAAAGUGUAGCGCAUUGAAACAAACGAACAAAAAGUAGAUACUUUUACUAUACAAGGGUGCUGGUGCAGAACAAAUCUAUCUAUUUUUGGAAAUGUAGCAUUUUAUACUUUCAAGUGUUAUAAAAAAAAAAAGAAAAAGAACAAAGAAACCCUUUAUUUCAUUAAAUGAUUUUUUCUGGUGGUUGUCAAGAAACAAAAGACCAAAAGAGCCUUUUUGUCUUUCUUUUUUAUUUUUUAAGUAUUGGAAUAAGUCUAAAGAAAAGAAAGUGCCUUAUUUUCCUUCCUGGUCAUUUAGUCAAGUGUCUUGUGAGAUCAGCUCCUCCCUCAGAACACAGGUCAGUGCAUGUGACCCUGUCGCCCGCCCAGUAUGUGAAAGAUUUGAGGGGAGACCAGUGAGUUGAUGGUUUGAAUUAAUAUGAUUUUUGCCACGUACCUUGAUACAAAUUUGCCAAAUCUGAUACUGUGAACAAUUUGAUAACUUUUCUAAUGCCUCACAAGUAAGUUUUAAAACAUCAUUCUUUUAAAAUCAUUAUUGAGCGCUCUUGGUUCUUGUGACAUUUAAUGUUAGCCCAACAGGUUCUAAGACAAAAAUUAUGUGUGAUCUGAACACCAAUUUACAGACAAAAUUAGAACUUUCUUUUAUUCAGAGAAGGAGGGGUGUGCUGAACUUGUUCUUCCUAAAUUGCAGAGGAUAGUGUUCUUAGCAAACUUUUUCACAAAAUUGAGUCUUUGGGAUUGUCAUUCUGGAUACCAGUAUUUUUUUAAUGGCCCACAUAUAAUCAGACUUCUUUCUACCAUACCACAUGACCUGGGCAGUCCUUUUCUUUGGUGGUUUUAGUGACCCAGGUGGCCCCACACAACCCCCCAACACACACACACACACACACACACACACACACACACACACACACACACCAGUUUGUUUUCUUAGCUUUAAAGAAAAAAACUGGCAUCACUGUGCAGAAAAAUGCUCAACUACAUGUGAGUUUAAAGCUUCCAGUUUCUCUUGAAACUCAGCUUUGUAGUUGAAGCGAUUUGGGCGCAGAGCCCUACUGCAGCCAGACACUGAAGUAAAUCAUCCUUAACUGCUCAGUACCAGAUGUGGCAGAUUUCAAGGGGCAGUGGACCCCCAGCUCAUCGACUCCUUCCCUCUUGCACACCUUCACAGCUUCACAGUCAAGGUCAGCAGUAAGCUCAGUGAGCACCUUCGUGGUGACCUCCUCCAGCAUCUUGUCUCACUUGGAAACCGUUUUCAGUUUAUUUACUAUGCAAUAGACAUCCAUGGUAUUGUAUUCAGCUAGCGUUGGUUUAAUGUGCCACCACUUUGUCUUUCUGUUACACAUACAGUUGUUUUGAUUUCUUUACAGUAUAUGCUGUGCCAUUUUGAUUUUUAUUUUGUUUGGUUGGUUGAAUAAAUUUGCGACACUCAAACACUUGAGGUGAUAGUAGUUUAAAAACAAUACCAGUAUUUGAUCCAGUUUCAUCUCAACUAUGUUAUACCUGGACAUUUUAGAUGUUUAUCAAAGGUCUUUUAUGGGGAAGAAAGUAAAUGUAUGAAAUAAAUGUGUGACAUUUAUAAGUAAUGUUGGCUCUGAACAAACUUUUGAAAACUUAGUUGAUAAAAUUUUGGAUCAACUGAAAAAAAAAAAGCAUGACUUUUGAAAUCUCUGAAUGCCUUGGUUCUCAGUAUUAUCAUUCUUUAUUGAAUUUAUUUCUUAUUAAAAUAUGUAGUUUUUAAGACUUCUUUUCUGACAGUAUUAUGUAAUUUUUUAGCGUGGGUAGAUGGGAGUGUCGCUUGUAUGUUGCCGUACAGCCGACAUGCGUUUUUGUCAGUUCUUUACUAUCUUCGUAGUUUCCUGCUGUGUAUGUAUCAUAACCAACCUAUUGCCUAUGAGAAACAUGUAAGAUAAUGUAUUUACAGCCAUUGUUACAAGUUUAUAAUGUAUUUUUCUAUCUUGUUUUAUAUGUAUGUUAUAUAACAUUCAAAAAGAAUUUUUUUCUUGAUUGAGAAAAGGAUACAAAAUGCAGAAUCCACAAUUUUGAUAACUGAAAAUUGCCACUUGUUUUGCAGUACUUUAUUAUAUUGGGUGUCUUGUCUUUCUUGGGCUUUUAGUUAUUAGCUAAUGAAUGAAUACAUUAGACACUUUUGGGUUUUAGUUGGGAUUUUACAUAGCUUGCAUUUUAAUUCUUUGGUUCUUUGCUGUUUCUAUUAACCCAUAGCAUUAUUUUAAUAAAUGUUAUAAUACCAACCUACUAACUCUGGACUAUGUCUGUUUAUUAACCUUUACGUGUUUAAUAAUUAAAAUAAACAAAUAAAGACAAAAGAAUGUAAAGUCUUGAGUUACUGGACUAACCCUGAAGAACGUGACCACAGAUAACCUAGCGUGACUUGUUUUUAUGUUGUUUGUCAGCUGACAGUUACGCACACUCCUGUUAAAAACGGCUUCGGUUAUUCUGGCCUUUGACCACAGCGGGGAGGUGCCCAAAGGGACGGGAACAAAGUAGCAUUGGUCUGAGGCAUUCUUCGAGUCUUGCCACUUGCCUUUCAGCCUCUUGCGUUACUAAUUCCACACUUUCUUAUUUCUCCUUCUCCAAAAUAAUCCCUGUCUGCUCACAGCACAAAGAGUAAAGAGACUCAUUGUGAUGGUACACCCCGAAAACCAGUUUGAUUCUCUGUUGAACCACUUCUUUUAAUUGCUAUAAGUAGGUAAUUGUUUGUUUUUUGCUGCACAUUAUAAAGCAAAGCAUCUGAUGAGGUUUUGCCUUUCUUCACAUUUGUGUUUUAAUUGGACACUUUUCUUUUAGAAAGUGUUGAACUGCGUUAGCCACUGUUCCCACUGGGGCAGGCGGUGUGGGGGGCUGGACCAGGUAGAGCCAAAGGGGGAGGAGCUCUGUUCCUCAGCGCGGUUUAAAGUGACCCGUUAGUGAUGACCGCACACCCCACCGCCCAGAACCCGUUUCGAGAGAGGAGACUGAAGCGUGGAGUUUUCUUCGGGUGCGCUCUCUCUCACCCUCUUCCAAAACACAGCCAGAAUACCCCAUUAAUACAAGGAGUUUAGGGAGCAGGAUGUUGGCGUGUGAGAAGUUAGAGAUCAUUUCUUGCAUGCAAGUCGAUUUAAGACUCAUUAAAUAUCUUCAUCCUUCUUCUCGGCUGCAACUUAGGUAAAUUGACCUCCACUUACAAAUUCUGCAGUUUUAACGUGUGAGGCACAUUUUUGUUUCACAGAUACUGGUUAUUUCCUCUUCUGUGAAACCAUUCUGGAUAAUAAAUUCUCAGGAUUAAUUUUUAUGUUUGUAAAUAAUGGCUUAUUUUUGUAAAUUACAUCUUAUUUAUUUUAAAGUUCUAAAAUUUGGGGCUGAAAGGAGUUACGUGUGACAAAAAACAAAACUAUACCAAUACGCUAUUAACCAAUCAGACUGUCAAAGUGCCCCCAUAUAUGUAUCUCCCCAGAGUGUGUGUGUGUGUGUGUGUGUAUGUGUAUGUGUAUGUGUAUGUGUAUGUACAUACAUACAUGAAUUACAUAAGGAGCUGAUUUAAUCAUAGCAGUAGUCCUUUGGAUCGAUCAAAUACAGUUGUUUCUCUGAUUUGGGGGGAGGGGGCUGUAUAUUAUUGUUAGGUAGGCAGAGCCUUCAUAGGGCCACCACCUGUAAAACUUGCCAUACAGUUCACACGUUAUUUUGUAAAAAUUUGAAGAUGUCUGUCGAGCUGCUAAUCUAGAGCCCUCGUGGUGCCGUGUCAUUUUAAACGGAUGAAUUUCUAUGCAACUCACUACACGUUGCCUAAAGCCUGUGAAUGCAGCCUCAUCUCAUUUUCAGUUAAUGGCACUUCCUGUAUAAGUAUGUCCUAUUGUCACCUUUCAUGUUGGAAAAGUUGUAAAAGACUUUUGAAAAGGUGAAAGCACAAAUACCGUGUUUGAUAGCAUUAAGAAUGAAACUACCAAAUUCUUGGACCGAUAAAAUGCUAGUCAUUUAUACUGUCAUUUGGCAAAACUACGGUAAGUUAAGCGUUCAGUGGAGGAGUUGCACAAUUAAUGCACUUAGUGAAGCCUGUUUUUCUUACGCAAAAUGUCAGGAAGAACAUGGCAUGGAAGGAGAUCUUAACACACCCUAGGCACUGACUCUGCCCCCCAUCCAGGGGAGCCCUUGACUUACACCGUCCACAAAGGCAGGAUGUGUGUAUUUCUACACAAAAUAGGUAGUUAGGGCUUUCUAAACAUAGAUGCAUACAUGCGAAUGCUCUACGUUUUCUGGUGCACUGAAAGCACAGUCUAAAUGAAAUUGCUCAUAACCAAAUCCAGAAUCUUUUCUUCCCCAGUGAAGUCUGACGUGUGUGUCUCACAUAUGACUGUUAGGGUUUCUCCAGUUUUCUGGGUUUUUGCUUGUUUGGGAUAAAAUGUCCGUCUCUAUUCCUUGGUAGCAAUUAGCUAUUACACUAUUUGUCGCAACUGAUUUUUAGUAAAAUGAAAUACAUUGCUAAAGUAUAAUCUUUUAUUUGAUAGCAAGAAUUACUCUCAAAACUUUUUGGACUCAGACUUUCUAAGAAGUACCUAAGGUUUUUUUUAACAUUGUCACAAAUGCCUGAAUACCUUUGUUUAAACAAAUUAUUUCAUUUUAUAGGCAGAUACUUUCAGAAAUUACUCAUACGGUACCCACACGUGACUUUGUGGUCUUUCAUAAAAAAUCCAUUUGAAAUGCCUUUGUGACAGAGAGGCUUAACAUUAUAUCUGCCUGGAACUCAAUGCGGAAUCAAACUGGUUCACCUAAACGUAGUACUCUCCUUUCUGUGUUUCUGCUGCGCUAAUUGCCAGGGGCGGGAGAGAAGGAAGAAUUAAUUCAUAGUAGAGGUGGGCGGAAGGUGCAGCAAAGAGCAGCACAACGUUGAUUUCGCAUUGCUUAUGAUUUUGCUGACCCUUCUUGGCAAAAGACCUCCCCUUGUGGGAAGAGCUCAGCUUCCAGGGCUAAAAAAAGAAAAAGACAAAACUUACAUAUAUUUUUAAGAUGCUAUUGUUGAGAAGUUUUGAUUACCACAUACAUCUUUUGUGGCUUAUACCGUAGUGUUGUGUAUAAGACGUUUAGCAUUUUACUUGUGGAAAUUGUGUAGAGCGAGAAAAGUUCGGACAGGCCUUCUCAAAUCCCGUGUGAACGGAGACCCCGUAUGGCUGUACAUGAAGUGCAAUAAACCGACUGGAAAAGGCGCAUUUGCUUCUUCCUCUCAGACGGCCCGCAGCUGAAAGUGCUGCUUCUGCUCCCUCCCAACACACACUUCCCGACAAAGCACAUUUUUUCUUAAUUUGUGUUGCUUUUACCACCAUUAAAAAAAAAAAAAGAAUCUGACACGGAGCUCUACCGCUGCCCUGGUUACCGUAUUCGCCUUGAUUUCAGUGAUUAAGAAAAGGAAAAUCAGUGACCAGACACCGUGUUCCUCGGUUGGGUGUGCCUCCGGAACGUUCUCAUCUCUGCUGAGAAGCGCGGGCCCAGUGUGUAGUUGUUAGACAUAAAGAAUCAAGGAACGCGGACCAAAUCCUGGUCUUGUCCGUCACACGAGAAGGACUAGUGGCAUCGAUUCCUUGAACAAAGUAGAGUUGGUUUUAAAAAAGUAGAAAUAAAAAGAUGGAGUCCAGUAGUUGGAAGCCUUUAAGGUUUCAUCCUGACGCCCUGCCGUCUCCCGGUGAAGGAGCUCCAGACGGCUCCCCCCGUCUGAUCACUAGGUCCUUGGUCUCUGGCGGGACGGUCUCCCCACACGGAGACAAGCAGCGGCAGAGGUGGGACCGGAGCACAGGAGGCCUCUCACUCGGCCCAAAGGUGUCCUUGCUACUGUUCGAACUGCCUCCGGCACUUGGCGUCUAAAGACCAGAGUUUUCAAGAAGGUGCCCUUUCCACGUGAUCGCACGUCACAAAUCAACAUCUCUAGAAUGCGGAAGGCGGCAUUCUCCCGUGGUAGCCGUCCAGCCGAAGCAGAGUAGUUCAGUUGUUCCCUUUAAGCCAAGUACCCCCGGUUUGGUGGCACCCCUACCUGCGGAUCGAUUUCCUUGAUCCUGGCUGGCUUUCUUUUUUCCCAACUCUGGUCCCUGUAAGUAACCGCUUGCCUCUCGAUCCAGAAUACUAAUUCUGACUUCAAGCAUCAACUAGCUUCUUAAAAGGUGUAAUUUGUAGAGCAAGUUUUAAUGUUUUUCUUCCUGGAAAAGUCAGAUGAGUAGGUUUCUAGAUGAAUUAAGAAAUUAUUAGCCUAUCGUAAUUCAUACAUGUUCUAUUAAUAUUAGGGAAGGAAUUUCUAUUAAGUGAGUGAAGGGAGUAGAUGGCAUUUGGCCUUCCUAAUGUAAAUUUUUAUAAUUAGUAGCUACCUCCUUAUAGUAACUAUGUUCUUGUUAGAAGACAGUUGAACUAACGGAACAUUUAACAAUUGUGUUAAAAAUAUUCCAUGUCUAAAAGAAAAUAUUAGUGCCAGUUUGAUCACAUUUUCCCAGAGAACUAUGUUAAAAUUCGAUUUUUCCAGUUAAAUGCUACUUUGUGAAGUAUGCAGAGUACACACCAUCAUAAAAAUGCUUAUUUCUGUGUGCUACUCAGCAGUUUCAAAAGCAUCUUAGAAUUAGGAUGAAAGUAACUAUUAUUGUGUUUUCCUAAUGUAUGCUCCUAUUAUGAUAUUACUCCUCUAUUUACUUAACGGGAUAUUAAAGGACGUUAUGGGAAAGAACAGUUAAGAUCAAAAUACUAAGAGAAGAAGAGAUUUGUACGUGUGUCCCCAAGCAUUUUCCUGCUGAACUGUUGGAGUUGAUACUAAAAAUGUCCAGAUCACUCCAUUUAUGUAGAACUUCUCUCGAGGUUGGGAAUGAAUAAAAUGACAUGGCUAUGCUUGAAA